GUUAAGGGGUGUGGGAGGGGGGAUUUGUUACACACAGGCCUUAUGAGGAUAGGCCAUCCUAAUUAUUCAUGUGUGUAUCAUCCUUGGGUACAUACGGCCAUAAGGAUUUGGCCCGAUUGUUUUUAGUAAUCGCAGCCCAAGGUUGCCUGGUACUCCUGGUAGCCCAAGGUUGCCUGGUACUCCUGGUAGCCCAAGGUUGCCUGGUAGCCCAAGGUUGCCUUGCCUGGUAGCCCAAGGUUGCCCGAUAACUUUAUGACGUCAUGUAGGGUGCCUCUUCAUAAUUCAAUUUUUCAUAAGGCACCCCAGAUACGUCAUCAAGUUAUCUAUUACCAGACAACCUGAUCGCGGCCAUAUUGGUGUAUCACCACUGCCGACAUCAUUAACUAUUAGUCGUCAGCUUUUUGCGCCAGCGGUCCUAGUUUAAAAUUUAAAUUUAUGAUGAAAAAUAUCAUUCAAUUUUGAUUAACAUAACAGGCAAAGAGGAAGAUGCAAACGAGAUCUAACUAAUGCAAACGAGAGCCGCUUUCGGGUGCUCCUAAAACACUUCACACCUGUCAGCACAGACUGUCAGUGACUUGUCAUACUCCAUGCGUUUUGCACUCGAACGCUUGACCGAACGGGUCAAACUGUAGCCGGAGUACGAGCCGGAGUACUUCGGAGUAGCUCGGGAGCGCUUAAAGGGUGGCACCACUGAUGGCACCCGAAAGCAGCUCAGGUUCGGUUGUUCGGUACCAUCUUUUCCGGAAAUCCAGGAAGGAAAAUAACAGUUUUUAUGUGCUGCCAUCUAUCGAUUUGUGUAUAAAAUCAACUUGAUUCGUAUAAUUAAUGAAACUACAACUGAUUUUUGGUGAUUCCGAGCCCACUAAUUUACAUUUCUGAUCAAAAGCGAAAGACAGCAAGACUUUCCGGGAAUCCCAUAAUAAUUUCUACCUAGGUGCGGUUUUUAAACAAAAAAUCGUAAAAUCUGAAAAUCUUCUUGACCUUUUGUAAGUGUGUGGUUAUGUUCCUGUUUAGUAGUGUUUACUACACAACCAAAUUAUAAUUUGCCUAUAUUUUUAAUUUUCAUUACCCUGGGUCAAUGAAUAAGGCUACAUUAACAUGACAAAUAAUUGAAAUAACUGUUGAACCAAAAAUAAUUCGCUGACACUCGACCAAUAACAAUAAACACUGAACAGGCACAAAAAUGGAAAGGUAAAUAUUAACAACAAAACUGUAACCUCCCAAAAUGACGCUAAUUACGAUAAUCAGAGACCCUCACCAACCACCCUUCGGACUCCCAGCAGAUACAGACCCUCUAGAGGGCCCUUCUGCUGAACCCCAACAACUGAGCCCCAAUACUCUAAAAGUAGCAGCCGCAGAAUGCCUAAGCAGCUGGAUAGGAUACUUACAAAUGCUCAACACUAUGUGUGCUGCGGGAAUGCGACUCGCUCAGUCUCUUUACAACUUAAGCCAAAUGCAAACUGUUCCUAUAGCCACUCAAUGUAUUACUAGCUGGGAGGAUUUGAGCAGAGCUACAGCUAUAGCUACCAGCUCUGUGAAAAAUCACAUAGCUGCAGCAAUGCAGGACAUGAGCAUCGGAGACACUUUUACAGAAUCCGAUGCUCAGCGCCAACUAGAGCAUAACCAGCACAUAAUCACUGAAAACUUGCUAACUUUUAUAAAUUUACAAUAUCAAUUUUCAAUUGCAAGUUGUGAGAAUUUUGGUUCAAUGGCUUUGUGUCCUUCUUGUCAAACCACGCCUGGCGGGAUACAUAAUUCUGAUUGCAGCAUGGCCACUGUACAGCAGUGUUUCAGCAAACAAGAGACCCGCUCGCAAAUGUCCAGUCCGAGAAUGGAAGAAAUGCCAAGGCAGCUCAGUCCUAUGGCCGAAGCCAGGGGUUCGUCACCUUAUCAAGAGCCCAGGGGUCCGAGUCCUAUACAUAGUUUUGCUGGACCUGGACCAUUGGAAACUUUGAGAGGUCCAUUUCCUACUCCAGGGCAGCUGCACACAAUGAAAUUACCGUUUCCAGGUCGUGGAGGUCAAAGAUCGCCACUUCAUUUUCCUUUGUUUCCUUUGGGCGGGCCCCGGAGGUGGUCUGAAGCUGCUGCUACUGAUGUCAGUGGAGCUGAAGGUUUAUUAGGACCUAAUCCUGAGGCAACAGCUAGAAGAUGGUCAAUGCCCUGGGACACUGCCUGGAUGAUCGAAGGUUCCACCGUGCCAACACGACCAGGAAAUCAAACCAAACUGUCAGUGCCAAGCGGAGGGCCUGGCAGUUCUCAAGAGAGAAGCCGCAGUACUACACCUGAAUCAGUUGCAUCUCAACCUUCAACAACUGCACAAGCAACAGGAGUGCUGCCCAGCGUUGAAGGGCUAUCUGAAGCUAUCCAGUUGCUGUCUUGUCGUCCUAGUAGGUCAUCUAUUCCUACUACUUCUAUACCCGGCCAUUCUUAUGUGUGGGGGGAAACUCACGAAGAUCGGAUGCAUAGAAGGAUGUUUCCUUCACAAAGAGGAAAUUGGCAGUCAGUUGAUGUCCCUCACGCCAGUGGCAUGUCUGUAACUGAACACUUUGAUAUUUUUCCAUCUGGCUUGCCAUUGACUUCGAGAAAAAGUAGCUCUUCUACUGAUUCAUCUUCUUGUUUGUCUAUUCAUAGCAGAUCCACCGCCAGUGGUUCAGAAAGAGGCUCUACAAGUGAAGGAAGUGGACCUGACGCCAUACGUUUACAUACGAAUUUAUACUCAAUGUGGAGCGGAAGUGAGCAUCUACCUUUUAUUAGGCUUCCUGAAAGUCAGGAACCGCAAGAAGAUAGUGAUACUGAUGACCCUCCGACUGAACGUAGCGGUUUUAGCACAUUCCCAAAACCUAUAUAGACUGAUAUUGGAUUUGCAGGAAUGGUUAACAACAAAUAGCAUACUUUAUCGUUCUCGUCUCGAAGCAGUGUUUCCACAAGCAUAAAAUGUUCUUGAAGUUCAUCACUGGUACACUUUAACUUAAAGUAAGUUUUUCAUAAGAUACAGC